AUGGAUAAAUCGAGAAAAUUGAAAUUACAGCGUCAUACAGCGCUCAAUGACAUUCAGUCGAUUUAUGAUCUAGGUAGUAAAGCUGUUUCUGAUCAGAGUUUACGAUCGUUGUUUAAAAUAAGGUGUAGCGAGUUAGACGUGAUUAAGGAGGAAUUUUUAAAGCAGCAUACAAGCAUUAUUAAUAAUGUUUUGUCGGUACCGGAUUCAGAUACGGGGGACGAAGAAAAGGUCCGAGAAUUAUUCUUGGACUUAUUCUACAAAAUAAAAGUUUUUGACGCGGAAUUCUUUGGGUCACCAUCUGAAAGUCCAGGUCCAGCGUCUUGUGCUUCCGGCGGAGCUCAUCCUUCGCACAUUCGCUUACCUCGUAUUGAUCUUCCGCAUUUUCAAGGAAAUUUUAUUAAUUUUGCAUCCUUUAUAGACCUUUAUAAUUCGAUAGUGCAUAAUAAUGCAGCCCUAGGAAACGUAGAAAAAUUCAAAUAUUUGAAAGGUUGUUUAGACGGGACUCCGCUUAGCUUAAUUCGCAAUUUGCCCAUAACUAACGAUAAUUACCAAGUGGCUUACGAUUUAAUUGUUAAACGGUACACAAAUGUUCGUCGUUGUGCGACCGCCCAUUGGGAUGCGAUAAUGGGCGUUCAAAAAAUCUCCGCGGUUAACUCGAAAAAUCUAGCUAAAUUAGUAGACACCUUUUUAGAAAAUUUAGCCGCAUUGAAAACUUUAGGCCUUCCCACUGAGCAUUGGGAUUUCAUUAUGUUCAAUUUGCUUUUGUCGAAAUUAGAUGUUGAUUCCAUUAAGUUAUUCGAGUUGGAAAAUAAGUCUAAUGAAAUUCCUUCAUUUAAAAAAUUAGUAGCGUUCAUCGAAACACAAUACAUCGCGUAUGAUAAUUUAGACAAUAGUAUUUAUAGGCACAAUCGUAGUAGCUCGUCGUUCGUGACAAAUUCGUCUUCAGUAUGUUGCGCUCUAUGCAAACAAAGCCAUUAUCUCAACCAGUGUUCGUUGUUCUUGAAAAAAUCGCCAAAAGAGAGAUAUCAGUUUUGUAAAGAGUCUUCUUCCUGUUUUAAGUGUCUUAAUCAGGCUAACCAUUCAGUCAAGUCGUGUCCUAAAUCCUUCAAAUGUAGCAAAUGUAGUAGUCAUCUCCAUAAUAGUUUGUUACACUUCGAGAGAAACCGUUCCAAUAGUCAAUCGUCCUCAGAAAAUAAUAGUCCAGGGACAUCGGGAAUCGAAUCGUCUCCUGAAGUAUCCCAUUGUGCCGCUAGUUUUGUAGGAAAGAAAAUUGAAACCAAAAAGGAAAUCUUGCUCGGUACUGUUUUGGUUCAUGCAAUUGACAGUAAAGGGUGUAAACAACCCUUGAGAUGUCUUAUUGAUUCGGGUUCGAUGAGUUCGUUCAUUAGUCGAAAGGCUGCCAAUCGAUUGGGAUGGCCUAAAACUCCUUGCUCGUUCGAAGUUAACGGACUCAAUUCGAUGCAAACGAAACUGAAUCAGGGGCAAAUAAGUUUCUCUAUCCAACCUCGUCAUCAGUCACCGGUGAUUCAUUUGGAGGCUAUUAUUACAGAUCGGGUUUGCUCGGAUUUGCCCAGCACCCAAAUAGAUAUUUCUGCUUGGAAUUAUAUUAAAAAUUUGAAGUUAGCUGAUCCCAAAUUUAAUUGUAGUCAAUCGGUCGAUUUGUUAAUUGGUUGUAGUAUAUUUUCGAAGGUGUUGUUAGAGGGUAAAAUUGAAGGUAAACCGGGACAACCUGAUGCCCUAAAUACCGUUUUUGGAUAUAUUUUGUUGGGCCCAACUAGCACACCUAACCUUUCGUCAACUUGUUCUUCUUCUUCGUCGCUUGUUUGUCUUUCAAAUGUGGAAGACUCGUUAGAUUCUUCGUUAAGGAAAUUUUGGGAACUGGAGAAUAUACCGGAAGAGCCAGUUUCAGAACCGGAAGACGUUCUGUGCGAAACCAUUUAUCGGGAAACACAUAGACGGGACGUCUCGGGAAAAUAUGUUGUGUCUUUGCCUUUUCGUGAAUCGCCGCCUUGUUUAAAAGAUAGCUACGAUGUUGCUUUAAACAGAUUUAUUUCGUUGGAACGUCGCUUGUUUCGUCAGCCGGGUUUGCAAAAGGAAUAUUCGUCCCAUAUGCAGGAGUAUAUUGAUUUAGGUCAUAUGCAAUUGGUUCCUGAGGGCGAAAAGACAAAGGGAAAGUAUUAUAUCCCACAUCAUUGUGUUGUUAAAUCGGAAAGUGUCUCUACUAAAAUUCGAGUGGUAUAUAAUGCGUCUCAGAAAAGUCCCAGGCUUGAGGUUCCUCCAUCAUUGCGGGAAAAAUCCCCUUCGGAAGAGGUAAAGAAAAGUUUAGUGUUUGUUUCCACUCGUGAGGAACAUUUUUUGUCUUGUUUGUUAGAAAAUCAAUCGUCUUUUACCUCUAUCCAAAGAAUUUUGGCCUUUAUGUUGCGAUUCGCGCACAACUCUCGUUUUAAAAGGUCAAGACGUGUAGGACCCUUGAGUUCAGUAGAAUUGGAAAGCUCGUUAAUUAUUCUUGUUAGGUUUACACAGGAACAGUAUUUUGAAGACCAGCUUCAGUCGAACUCGUUUCCAAAACCAUUUCGAAAAUUAGGAGUAUUUUUAGAUGAUGAUACUCAGUGUUUAAGAGUAGGUGGUCGUCUAUCGCAGUCUUCCUUGUCGUAUGAGGCAAAACACCCCUUUUUGUUACCAAAGAAAUCUCGUCUUACGACUCUCCUAGUUCGUCAUUAUCAUGAAAAGUACUUACAUGCUGGAUUUAAGAGUACUCAAUUUUUGUCACACAAAAAUAGGACAGCGCUUGUUCAAUUCUGGAAGAGAAAUGUCAAGCAUUUGUAA